CAGAGAGAUUUUUUCUCCCAACAAGACCAAACUAGAGAACAAGUAACCAUAAAAGGCAAACAGAGAUUCACAAGUUUGCUUACUUUCUCUUUUAACUCCAAAGUUAUGAUUUUUAUCUCUCAGACAGCAUUUUCCUCUGUCUUUUUCUCUUUGUGAUUUUUCUCUUAUUCUUGGUUUUGGGUUUUCCGAGAAAACCCAAGAUACAAAACAGAGGAUCUGGUAGAGCAAACCUCUGAGCUAAAGACGUUUAAUUGGAAAGGAAAAAAAAUGGCUGAGUCGACAAAACUUAGACUAGUUCGUUGUCCAAAGUGCGAGAAUCUCUUAUCAGAGCCUGAAGAUUCCCCUUUCUUCCAGUGCGGUGGCUGCUUCACCGUCCUUCGUGCAGCCAAAAUCAAGGAGCGUGAAGUAGAUUCGGUUUCAGACAAGUCCGUGGAAGAUAGAGCCAAACCAGUUUCAGUUAACUCAACUAGUUCCCCUGAGAAAGCUAGUCAAACCUCGUUAUCUGACUCUGAUGUUCCACCAGCUUCUCCUUCUUUGAGGCACCAGCUAAACGUUCCACUUGCCGUUGAGAGUGAUCCUUGUUCUAAAACCAAACCUUUUGAUGUCGGUGGUAACAGCUUAGGGGAUAAAGAUGACCCUAAAUCUCAAUCCGGGAGACAAGAACCCGGUUUAGAUCGGUUUAGGAAAAGAACAACCAAGAGAUGUGACUCUGAUAGUGUCAUCAACAACAACAACAACAGAUUGUCCACUUCAAUGUAUCCUCCUCUUUCUGAUGAAGGCACUUCUUCUGGUCCUAACUACUUGCCAGACUCACAGAGCCGUGAAGCUAUCGAGCAAGACCGAGCUGGACUUUUGAGACAGUUGGAUAAGCUCAAAGAACAGCUUGUUCAGUCUUGCAACGUCGCUGGCGACAACAAACCUAAAGAACAGGUUCCCAACAAGGCUCCUCCGGUUCGGUUUUACAGUUCCGGAACAGGUCCUUCUUAUUACCAUCCUGAACCGCAGUUUCCUUACAGCAACAAUGACCAUCAUGGUCUGAUGCAUCCUUCUUACGGAAGAGGACCGUACUUCUCCGGAGGAGGACAGUAUCUUGGCAAUAACAACGAUCUCUUCCAGCAAAACGGUCCGUUUCAUCUCUCCUCUUGCACUUGUUACCACUGCUGGAGAGGCUCAGUGAUCCCUCACGACGCACCUUACAACGCCGGGUUCUAUCCUCCUGAGAGCGUCAUGGGUUUUGCUCCUCCACCUCAUAACCAUAGAGCCUUCCCUCCUUCUCGUGCUCCGCCGCUUCAUCAGCCUCAUGGAAGAUGGCCUGUGGACUCUCUUCCGCGUGUUCGUCCUCCUCCUAAGGUUGUGUUAUCAGGAGGUUCUCGUCAUAUCCGCCCCUUGGCGGGUGGUGCACCGUUCAUAACGUGUCAGAACUGCUUCGAGCUUCUCCAGCUGCCGAAGAAACCUGAAGCUGGAGGAGGAGGAGGGAAGAAAGAGGUGAAGAUGAGAUGCGGCGCGUGCUCUUGUUUGAUUGACUUGUCUGUUGUCAACAACAAGUUUGUUCUCUCUGCAGCAAACAACACAGGAGAGGCUCAGCCUCGUGUGGCUGCUGCUGCUGCUGAUUACACCUCUGAUGACUAUGAUCUUCUCGGCUACGUGUUCCAUUCGUUGGACGAUGAGCAAGAUAAGUCUCAAGACGUGCAGAUAGUUCGUUCUCAUUCCGCUAGCCUCUCUGAGGACGAGCUUAGUUCAGACAGUCUAACAGCUAAGCCGCUUGACUCGCCUCUUCACGAGAACUUUGUUAACUACUCUUCGAUCAACCACGAGAGGGCUGGAGCGGGCAGCCGCAGCUUUAGUUCGGAUCAGGAGAGGGUGACACUGAGUAAGACGAUGAGACAGAACUCAAUGAAGGAGGUCUCGCUUGCGAGUGAGAUGGAGGUUUCUUUCAACGACUACAGUGGAGUGUCUAAAGACCAUCAUCACCAGCAAAGAUCAAAGAAGAACGGGUUCGCUAGCAUUGUGAAGAAGAGCUUCAAGGAUCUGACAAAGUCUAUUCAUAACGAUGAAGGGAAUAGAAGCAGUGUUUCUAUAAAUGGACAUGGUUUGACAGAACGUAUGCUGAGAAAAGCUGAGAAGCAAGCAGGAGCCAUUCAGCCAGGAAGCUACUGGUAUGAUUAUAGAGCUGGGUUCUGGGGAGUUAUGGGAGGUCCAGGUCUUGGAAUAAUACCGCCAUUUAUAGAGGAGUUAAACUUCCCAAUGCCAGAGAACUGUGCAGGUGGGACGACAGGAGUGUUUGUGAACGGAAGAGAGCUUCACCGUAAAGAUUUGGAGUUGCUUGCGGGAAGAGGGCUUCCUCCAGACAGAGAUAGGUCAUACAUUGUGGACAUUACCGGUAGAGUUAUAGAUGAAGACACUGGCGAAGAGCUUGAUUGCCUUGGGAAACUUGCCCCAACGAUUGAGAAGUUGAAACGUGGGUUUGGGAUGAGAUGUCCAAAGAGAGCUACUUGAAGGCAGAGAUGCUUGCGGAGCAAGGCAACUACAAAUUUGUCAAAAGGAAAGAAGUUAUGGAAUUUGUCAAGACACUAAUUAUUAAAUAUUAUUGCUUGUUUUCUUCAAAACUAGUUGUGAUCUCAUGUUGAAAUCUGUCAACUUUUAGUAUUUGUAGUCUUUUUUUUUUAUGUCAAACAAAGCUUGUCACAAUCGAUAUGGUAGUAUUUUAUUAAGCAAAUGAGGUCUUGUAAAUA